AUGGAGGCGGAGAUGUCGAGUUCGGUCCGCGCCGAGCGGGAAAGCGCACGUCCCUCGCAGGGCGAGAAGCAAGACGCGACGUCUCUCGACUCCAUCUGGAUCGAGAAGUACCGCCCCGAGACUCUCGAUGACGUCGUGGGCAACGACCAAGUCAUGCGACGUCUGCGCAUCAUCGCCCAAGAGGGAAACAUGCCUCACCUCAUGCUCGCCGGACCGCCAGGGACAGGCAAGACGUCGAGCGUCCUCUGCCUCUGCAAGCAGCUGCUUGCGAACCGAUGGCGGACGUGCACACUGGAGCUCAAUGCCUCAGAUGAGCGCACAAUCGACGUCAUUCGCGAAAAAGUGAAGCACUUUGCGAAAGAGAAGCGCGACCUGCCACCUGGGCGCCAUAAAAUCGUCAUUCUUGAUGAAGUCGACUCCAUGACAGAGGCCGCGCAGCAGGCGCUUCGUCGCAUCAUGGAGCAGUACAGCGACACGACCCGGUUCGCGCUCGCGUGCAACUCCUCCGCGUCGGUCAUUGAACCCCUCCAGUCCCGCUGCGCGAUUCUUCGGUUUCGAAAGCUGGAUGACGCACAGCUGGUGCGGCGCCUUCGCCAAGUCUGUGCGAUGGAGAACGUGCAAGUCACCGACGAUGGGAUGGAGGCCGUCGUCUUCUCCGCCGACGGCGACAUGCGCAGCGCCCUCAACAACCUGCAGUCCACGGUCUCCGCGUUCGGAACCGUGAACAGGGAAAACGUCGAAAAGGUCUGCGACAGUCCGCCCCCCGAGGCAGUCCGGUCGAUGCUCUUGCAGUGCUUGGCUGGGAAGUGGCGCGAGGCGCAUGACGUCGCCGCAGAGUUGCUUCAGCGAGGCUACACGCCGAUGGAUGUCGUCCUCACGACGCGGGCCGUGCUCAGCCGCUUUGACAGCGAAUGCAAAGAGCACAUCCUCCUCGAGUAUCUCAAGUACGUCGGCCUGGCUCACAUGACAAUGGCAUCUGGUCUCAGCACUCCUCUCCAGCUCGACAAGAUGCUGGCGAAUCUGUGCCGCGUGUCUCUCGUCCUCCCAGCGUGA